AUGCCAGCUCGAACACCCUCCGUCAACGCCCUCCGCUAUUUCUCGACAUCUCUACGCCGCUCCUCGCUCCCCUCACCGUUGCCCGGUGUAUCCACCGCCCUCGCGCACGCUUCCCAAGCCCAUUCCUCUUCCUCUCCACCGCACGGCGUCCUGAAUGUGUCGCCACGCCCAACUCUUGCCCAAACUUUCUCCUUACAAGGUCGCGUUGCCCUUGUAUCUGGCGCGAACCGCGGUCUAGGGCUCGAGAUGGCACUUGCACUCGCUGAGGCGGGAGCGAAAGUCGUAUGCGUUGAUCUCCCAAGAGAGCCGGGACCGGAGUUCAAGGCGGUCGACGCAUACCUGAAUGCUAUUCGGGGAAACAACGAAGAGGGAGUGGAGGCACUUGGCGGUGGCUCAGUCGGAAGCGUGCUGUACAAGCGAGCCGAUGUUUCAGAUCAGCGAGUGAUGUGGGAGCUUGGUGAGGCCAUUGGGAACGAGGAGGGCAGGAUGGAUGUGUGUAUAGCUGCUGCGGGAAUCUUGCGACCCGACAAGGACGCUUUAAAUUAUGACGCAAAGGAGUUGCAUGAGAUGUAUGAUGUGAAUGUGCAUGGUGUGCUUCAUACGGCGCAAGCAGCGGGGAGGCAGAUGGCGCGCUUUGGUAACGGCGGGAGCAUUAUUCUGAUAGCGAGUAUGAGCGGCUCGGUCACUAAUCGCGACCAGAACUGGAUAUCGUAUAACUCGAGCAAGUCUGCGGUCAUUCAGAUGGGUAGGAGCAUGGCAUGCGAGCUUGGGCCGCAGCGCAUCCGCGUCAAUACUCUCAGUCCAGGCUAUAUCUACACCGCGCUUACUGCUGCAUUCCUCGACAAGCAGCCCGGCCUUCAGAAGAAGUGGGAGAGUCAAAACCCCUUCGCGACGCCAGCACUUUCUGUACCGGUAGCGAUAUCUUGGUCAGUGGGGGACAUCACGCAUGGUAGCAUUAGCCUGUCAUAUUCAUGGAAGAUCGCAUUCGUGCCUUGUUGA